GAGAGCAUGCGCCACGGCUUAGCGACUGGCUGCGCCCAUUCUCAUUGAACGUCCAACUCAUUCAACAGUUGUGCUCGGUUUGGCGAGAUCACACAUUCCACUUCAAUUUUCCAGAACUCCUCCUUGCCAUGCGCAACAUUUCCAUUCUGGCGGGCUCGAGUCACCCGCAGUUGGCACAGGACAUAUGUCAGCGACUAGGCAUCCCGCAAGGAAGGGCGACAUUGUCAAAAUUUUCAAACAAGGAGACGAAUGUGGAGGUCGGAGAGUCCGUCCGAGAACAAGAUGUAUAUAUCAUCCAAUCUGGCUGCGGAAAUGUGAACGAUAACUUUGUCGAAAUGCUGAUCAUGAUUGCUGCCUGCAAGACCGCCAGUGCAAAGAAAGUCACCGCUGUCAUUCCAUGCUUUCCAUAUGCCCGUCAACCGGAAACGCCGUAUAAGAGGAAUAGUGUGCCUUCGUCUCGUGUGGCAAAGCGUGAUGAUGACAAGUUUGGCACAAUGUAUGACGGUCAAUUGCAGUCACCUAUAAAACCUUCAUCGCUCCCUAGCCCUCCACCAAACUCUGACUCGUCCACUGCCAACUCUACCGACACCCCGCCCCAGCCAGAGAUCUUUGAGAAAUCCAUGAGCAGCUUAUCAUUCCCAGAUGAGGACGAUACACCACUUCCCGCGCCGAAGCUCAGGCAUCUUCGCACCGAAUCUACCCUGUCUCUUGACGGUGGAGGUCGUGUGUCGAGUAUUAGUCGCUCGCACUCCAAUGUCGCUGUGCAUCCGCUUGCCCCACAACCGCCGGCUGACCGACCUCUUCAGACCGGGACUUGUACACCUGGACCUGGAUCGGGUAAUGGAGGUUACAAACACUGGACAGCGAGGAGCGGUACACUGAUAGCAAACAUGCUGAUGGCAGCUGGCGCGGAUCACAUUAUUACUAUGGACCUCCACGAUCCUCAAUUUCAAGGAUUUUUUGACAUUCCUGUGGAUAACCUAUACGGCCAGCCCUUGAUGAUAAAGUAUAUCAAGGAGAAAAUACCAGAUUUUCAGAACGCCGUUAUUGUGUCUCCUGAUGCAGGUGGUGCGAAGAGGGCCACGGUCAUUGCCGACAAGCUCAACGUGGAUUUUGCAUUGAUUCACAAAGAGCGGCGGGUGGCUGCUGGCUCGGAAUUGAUCCUGGUUGGAGAUGUCAAGGAUAGGGUGUGCAUAUUGGUUGAUGAUAUUGCUGAUACAUCAUUUACAAUUACGCGGGCUGCCACGUUAUUGACGAAGAGUGGGGCUACCAAGAUCUAUGCGCUAAUUACUCAUGGAAUCCUCAGCGGGAAUGCCCUCGAACGGAUCAAGAACUCGACCAUUGACGAGGUGGUGGUGAGCAACAGCGUUCCCCAGCAGGAUCAUCUGGCACAUUGUGACAAGAUCAAAGUGUUUGACAUUGCUGGAGUGUUUGCGGAAGCCAUCAGGCGGAUACACAAUGGGGAGAGCGUCAGUUUCUUGUUCGAACAAACGCCAUAUUGAGCUGGGUUGAUAAUACUUGCACAUUCUGGGAUGCAACUCAUCAUUUUUCCAGUAAAUUAAAUAAAAUGCAUGAAAAUUGCAAAAACUUUUGUUCGAUA